GUGUCCCUGAGAAAUAGAGAGAGAGAGGGAGGAGAGUACUGAGCUGAGAGAAAUCUGUCAGAUUCAAACAGUCUGUGUGUAUGUGUGUGUGUGUGUGUGCAUGAUAGAAAGGGAACGAAGGAUGAGAAGAGAGGUGGAGAGCUGAGGAACAGAUAGAAAGAGACAGAAGAGGACCACAAAGUGAGGCCAGCUCACCUAUGGAUCAGCAUUCACAUCGGAAACCCUGGGGAUUCCAUGGAUACAUCGACCCGACUCACAUCCCCGCCAGUCGACACUGAUGCCGAUACACUGCACCCAGCUGUAGAGCAGUGAGGCCAAGGGGUCAGGGGUGAAAGGUCACAGAGAACUGAGAAAGACCAGGAGCUGAGGUUGAGAGGUUUCGGAAGGGGGGAGGACCGCAAGGCUACGAGAAGCCAUCGUGAAGGAAGGUCUCAGUGACAGACGAGAGUCGGGGAAUCAAAGAUGAUGACUUCACAUGGAAAGCUGAGGCGGGAGAAGGGGAGCCUGGCCGAGUAUGAAUCGCAGAUGAAAGACCUGCGGGCCCAGCUGACAGACCAGAUCAAGAUUUUAGACUCUCAGGUGGAGGUGAAACAGCAGCAGCUCUCAGACCUGUCUGAGUUUCUCCGCCGUCGGGGUGACAUCGAGUCUGAAUAUGCACGAGCCCUUGACAAACUCACAGAGAGAUUUACCCACAAAACAAAAAAGAAGGAGCAGUGGGGACAGUCCGUGUGUCAGGUCUGGUCUGUUUUGCUGACUCAGACUCGUCUGGAGAGCCGGGAACAUGCAGCACUGGGCGACACCUGCUGCAACGCGCUCACACAGAGGCUGACAUACAGUACAGAGGACACACACCGCCUGCACAAAAGGAGCAAAGAAGUUGGAAUCCAGAUGCAGGAUGAGCUGCUGAAGGUCACCACUGAACUGCAGACGGCCCUAAAGACGUAUAACCAGUACCACACAGACUGCCUGAUAGCAGAGGGGAAACUGAAGGAAGCCGAGCGGUUGGAGGAGAGACACACCGGCAAGUCAGCUGAACUCGGCCCUGGUCAGUUGGUAGGGCAGAGGCGGAGUUCUGUUAAGAAGAUGGAAAGAUUAAUGGAGAAGAGGCAUGGCAGAGUGCAGGAGACCCAGCUGAAGUGUACCAAGGCACGUAAUGACUACUUGCUGAAUCUAGCAGCAUCAAACGCAGCCAUGAACAAGUACUACCUGCAGGAUGUCAGCACCCUCAUUGAUUGCUGUGACCUUGGUUUCCAUCUGUCUGUGGAGAGAGUGAUGAAAUGCUACCUGGCCAGUAGGUGGCGCAUUCAGAAGACAGAAGAGACGGGGCUUAAGCAGUUGGAGUCUGCAGUGACGUCCCUGGACCAGAGUGGAGACAGAGAUGCAUUGCUGCAGCAACAUGACGCCGCCUUUUGCCUUCCGUUCAGAUUCAACUACCAUCCACAUGAAGGAGACCAGGUGUGUGAGGUCAGUGCGGAGAGCCAGGUGAGGUACGAGUUGGAGACCAGGUUCCAGCAGCUUCAGUCUCGACUUGCUGCUGUUACUUUGGAAACAGAGGAGAUCAGUAAAACGCUUAAAGCCACACUCGCCGCCCUUCUGGAUAACAUGUGUGACAGCGACUCUAACCCCUCCCCUGACGUGCCCAGCAGCCUAUCACACGAGCCACCUGGAGGAGGCACCCUACCAAAACUUACCCUUGCCAAGCGUCGAGCCAAUCAACAAGAGACAGAGACCUACUACUUUACAAAAGUGAAAGAGUUCCUUACCAGCAGCUCUCUGGCCUCCAAACUUCAAGCCAAACAUGAUCUUCUACAAGAUGCCAUACAGAAAGCUGAGGCCGUUGACAGUGACCCUUCCAGAAUGCAAUGUGCUCGGUCAGUGCGUGUUCGGAAGUCCAGACCUGUUUCCCAAUUCUGCCACACACUCUUCACCACAGACAUACUGUCCUACAUAGAGAGCUCUGGACAGCAGAUUCCUGUGGUGGUUGAAAGCUGCAUCCGUUUCAUAAACCUUCACGGCCUCCACCAUGAAGGAAUUUUCAGAGUUCCAGGCUCACAGAGGGAGGUGAAUCUCAUCAGAGAUGCAUUUGAAAGAGGAGAGGAUCCUCUGUCAGACAGUGAGUGUGACCUGGACUCUGUGGCUGGCGUGUUGAAGCUUUACUUCAGGGGCCUUGAGCCUCCUCUCUUCCCCUACGACAACUACUCUCAGCUGCUGGAGUGUGUCCAAAUCGAGGAGGAGGCAGAGAAAGCCACCCAGAUUAAAGCGAUUGUCUCCACCUUCCCGAGGCCUCUCCUCAUCGUGAUGCGUUACCUUUUCGCUUUCCUCAAUCAUGUGUCUCAGUACAGUGACGAGAACAUGAUGCAGCCCUACAACCUGGCUGUUUGCUUCGGUCCAAGCCUGCUGAGGGGGAUAGAUUCUGAUGAUGCUGUUGCUAGGCAGCCACAGGUUAACGACCUUGUCAAAACCAUGAUCCUCCAGCAUGACAGCAUCUUCCCCAGCCAAUCAGAACUGCCGGGCCCCGUUUACGAGAAACACAUGACUUUGGAGCAGGAGUACUGUGAACCAAUCACAGAAGAGGGAGAUGGGGAGACCGAGCAUCUGCCCAGUGAGGACGAAUGGGAGGCGGUGGCUAUGUUCGACUAUGUGGCAAGAUCCCCAGCCGAGCUUUCCUUCAAGCAGGGAGAGCCUCUCAUCCUUCACAGCAAGGCCUCUUGUGAUUGGUGGCGAGGAGAGGUGGGAGGGGUUAAGGGUCUCAUCCCUCACAAGUACAUCAGUGUGCUGGAAGGGUCAGAGCGAGGGAAAAGAGAAGAAGGAGGAGGAGGAGGAGGCAGCACUGGAAACCUGACAGCAGAAGAUCCACAGACAGAGAACACAACCCGGAUGCGGGUGAACAGCGAUAGUGCUUCACUGCCGGGGCGGCAGAGAGGAAGUGAGGGGAGCCCCAGUCGAAAGCCGCCCACCUCCCCCGCCACACGACACCUGCCAGUGUCUCAGGAGCGAAGACACACUUUGGACACUCUGAGACAGGGAAGCUUCAGACCCCCUGACAGACCUUCACUCAGUCAGGCAGAAAGAACACCAAUUGAUAAGGAGAUGAUCAGCCGUCAGAUGAACUCAGUGUUCAAGGAGCUCCUGUCUCGCCAGCCUCCGUUGCAGCCGUCCGGCCUGACUGCACCUGCUGCCCCUGCUCCUUCCUCCUCCUCGUUGUCCACCUCUUCCUCUCUUCCUCAGGCCGCCCCUGUUGCCAAAAAAGCAGGAUUCGGUCUCAGGGGACGGGCUCUUUUCAGACCGGUGGACUGAGAGCGAGGAGAGGACAACCGGGAAAUUAAUUCUUUGGCUAACAAUGAUGAUGAUCUCGCCGAUGCCGUUAUUUGCAUUAGGUGAAGAUCUUGAUUUUUUUUUUUUUUUUUUCUUUUUUUUUGACACGUGUAUAAUAAGUGCGUCUCUGCCAUCUCAUAGUGCCACUAUUCUCUGUGCUGUGUACGUCCAGUAUGUCUGGUUUGGUCUCUCUGUUUUUUGGGGUUUUGUUUUUGUGGUUGCUUUUUUGUUUUUGUUUUUUUUAAUGGUCUGGUCUGAUUUUGUUCUCCAUCCUUUUGAGGGUUUUGGAGAAUCAGGGAUGCGACUUCACCAGUGAUAUCACCAGACUGACUUUUAAAAGUGGUUGCCAUGAUACUAACUUUACAUCAACAACAGAAGACUAAAGCUGCCCCCUAGUGGCAGGUCUGAGAUCAGCUCGCACUCCUACUGUUUCUUUAUUUUAAAAAAGAAAACUGAUCUGGGGCCUGUGUCUAGGAGUGCCUUCACAUCUUUUCCUCUACAUUUUUAUUUCAUUUGAAAAGCUCUGAUAGGUUUAAAUUCUGCAUAUUACAAUAAAAAUGUGACCCAGGUCGACGUGUAUGAAACCCAAGGUGUUCAGUAUUAACAACAAAACACUGUCCCAUGCAGUCGUAGUUAAAAGAAAGUACACCCUCUUUCAGUUCUAAGUUUUUUGCAUCACUACAUAAUAAAAAUAAUCUGGACUUUAGCAGGUCUAAAAUUGAGUAAAUACGAUCUCAGAUGAAAUACAAAGCAUGACACAUUUUACUGUCAUUAUUUAUUAAGAAAAACUAAGCCAAAAUGAGGAGAACUGUGUGAAGAGCUAAGCACACCCUUACUGCUUCCAUAGGAAUUAAGAGGGUAAGUAACAGUCAGCUGCUGCUGAUCAGAUACACUUGAUUUACUGGUCAUCAGCAAGUCUGACCAUCAGCAAUGACUGCUAUCCAUCGGUCUGUGAAGGGUUGUGGUGCCACUUCAAAACAAUCUGCAGUGCAAAGGAUUGUUCACAAGUGAAGAACAUUCAGGAGUGGAUGUCCCAGCAAAUUCACCCCAUAGUCGGGUGGUGCAGUGCUCACAGAAACUGCAAAAAACCACAAAAGCUACAUUUCAGACAGACCCCAGUUAGCAUGUUAAAGUUGGUCACAGUCCAAUUAGAGAAAGACUGAACAAGUAUGGGUUGUUUGGAAGGGUUUCAGAGUUUCAUCUGAACAAACCAUGACACUUGUAGAACAAUGUUCUUUGGACAUAAGAGACCACAUGAAGGGGUUUUGGGCUUGGAAGUGUUUUGCAGCCACAGGACCUGGACACCUUGCAGUCAUUGAGUCGACCGUGAACUCCUCUGUAUACCAAAGUGUUCUAGAGUCAAAUGUGGGGCCAUCCGUCCAGCAGCUAAAGCUUGGCUGCGUCUGGGUCAUUCAACCAGACAAUGAACCCAAGCACAGCAGCAUAUCUACAACAGAAUGACUGAAAAAGAAAAGAAUCAAGGCAUUGGCCAAGUCAAAGUCCAGACCUCAACCCAACUGAAAUGCUGUGGAGGGACUUGAAGCGCUACGUAUUAACAAAAGCCGUCAAUGUUGUAAAGUGACUGAACCAAAAUUCCUCCACAACUAUGUGAGAGACUGAUAAUACAGAUUACUUCAAGUAAUUGCUGUUAAAGGUGCUUCUGCAAACUACUGAAUCAUGGGGUUCAGUGUGUUUUUCACACACUGCAUGGCAUAGUUUUAAAAAUAAAACCCCGGAAUAUGUCAUGCUGUUGUGCAUCUGAUCUAAUUUUAAGACCUGGUAAGGGCUAUAUCAUAUUUUUUAUUUUGUCCCGAUACAUAAAACCAGAGAACUGACAGAGGUGUAGUUUCUUUCUACCAUGGCUGUAAAUCAUAAUUGGAAUAAAGUGUGUAAAAUAACCGAGCUACUGACGAAAGUAUAAAAUGAUUAAAUGUGUUGUUUUUCCUGAAGAACAUUGUUAGAAUCAUAAUGUGGCAGAAAUAACACCAGCUAACUGUUUAACUGGUUAACGUUAAUUUUGCUGUCCACCCUGUCUUUUCAGCUGACUCGUUUUGGUGAACCACAUCCUAGGCAGGUAGUUUUUGUAGCUUUUCUAAGCUAUGUGAAACAUAUUUGUAGGAGUGGCAGCAGCUCAUGUAGAAUUACUUUGAUAAUGAUGUUGGUCUUGCUAGCAGCUAACAGGUUAGCCCCGCUGGCUGUUGAGCGCACUGCUUUAGUCUGGUAGCAUAUAGCUAAAAUGGCUGGUGAAGACAGCUCUGUCAUUAAACAGUUUAUCUGAGAAAAAGAAAUGAAUUUAAAAUGAUUUUUUUAAUGCAAUAUUUUGAAUGAAUACCGAACACUUUGAGACUCCGCGAGGUCAGCGCUUGUGUCCGCAUAGCAUGAUGUUGUGUUGGAACACAAAGAAGAAAAAAAACAUUCCCCUUCAUAUGUGACAUGGCCUGAUGUGUUGGCCAAAUCUCAGGGCUUUUGCAGAGUUAAAGACGGGCUAACUCAGGUUUGGCUUCGAAGGAAUAAGAAUGAGUUUUCUCUCAGGUCUUAGGUCGGCUUUGCUCUUCAGCUGGAAACUGUGCCCUAGUCCCAAGAGCCAAAAUGGUCCCUAUAUCAGAGAGGUGUCUUUCUCUGGUUUAAACUGUGAACACCACGGCGCCAUGUUGGCGCCACAAUUGAAAAUCUUCUCUCAUUCAUCUACACAUUUUGGGCCCCCUUUGUCGUGUUUAUGGAGCCAUCAUAGGCUCUAUAAAAGAUGGACGCAGCUACCGUCUUGGUUGCAGAAACCAGGUGUGAUGAAGAGCAUGAAAUUGCUUGACAACUUGUUAGCCAAUGAACAAGCAGAAAAUACCACCGCUAAUCCUCCUUUUUGAAACAUGGUAUAACCAAGAUUUUCAAAAAAUAGAUUAAAUUUUUUUUCUUUAUUCAGUGUGCCCCAAAGUGAGUGACUAAGAUGCAGCAGCAAAGUGUUUUUUUUUUUAGGCACCGCUUCAUUGGCUUCAAUUUUCCGACCAGAAAGCUGCAUCCAUCUUUUUUACUGUCUGUGGGCGCCAUCCACAUGUCCCAUUCAAAUGUCCCGCAGUGAGGCGAACAGCUCCUUUGACUCUAAAAGCAUUUUCAAAUCUUCCUACAUACAUCAUCUCCCAUCUGUUGUGUUUCAGUACUGGAAAUAUGAAAGAAGAGUAGUUUAGUUCUCCUUUCUUUUAUUGAUUCUGCAUCUAUGGUUAAAACACCCUGUUGUUCUGGAUCACUGUUUGAUGAUGUCACUAAAUUUACUGCGUCCAACUGUAUAUGUGGUUAAAAAAUAAAUAAUAAAGAUGACAAAGUGAA